UCCAGGAAACAAGAGGAGGAAAGAAUGGCUCCGAAGCGGUCGGCUAAGGUGGUGGCGAAAACCACCAGAAAAGUUGUGCGGGAAGAAACUGUGUUCGUGGCAGUAGUUGCUGCAACCGACCAACCGCCGGCAUUUGAAGAAAAUGAAGGAAAAUCAGCAGAAGAAGAAGAAGCAGGAGACGAGGAGACGCCCGUCGCCGCCUCGCAGCAAGAAGGGGAAGAGAGGAAGAGGAGGAGGAGGAGAAGAGAUCGGGGCGGUGGAGAGGGGUACAAGAGGUACGUUUUGAGGGUGUUGAAGCAGGUGCACCCGGGGAUGGCGAUAUCGUCGAAAGCAAUGACGUUUUUGAACAAUUUGAUGAGCGACAUGUUCGAGAGGGUGGCGGAGGAGGCGGCGAGGCUGUCGAAAUACACGGGGAGAGUGACGCUGACGUCGAGGGAGAUCCAAGGGGCGGUGAGGCUGGUUUUGCCUGGGGAGCUUGGGAAGCACGCCGAUGCUGAGGGUUCUAAGGCUGUCACCACCUACACCAACAACAAUGCCGCCACAGGGCGCUAGAUCCAUGUCCUCUUAAUUAGCUUUUUUUUUUCUUUUUUUUUUUUUUUAAUUUUUUCUGAAAACCAUAUUUUUGGGUUUUGAAUUGCCAAAUUCAG